GCAGCCCAUCAGAACCCAGCGGAGUCCGGGGACUUCGUAGCCAUGGUGGCCAGCCUGGGCUCCCUGGUGGCCGCCUUCUGGGCGACGCUCCAUCUGCGGACUCUCCUGCUGGGGGCUGUCGUCUUUCUGUUCCUCGUUGCCUUCCUCAAGACCCAGCGACCAAAAACCUACCCGCCAGGUCCCUGGCGCCUGCCCUUCGUGGGCAACAUGUUUCAGGUGGACUUCGAAAAUUCCCACCUCCAGAUUCAGAAGCUUACAGAGAAAUAUGGGAACAUUUUAAGCCUGGAUUUUGGCACCCUGAAUUCAGUUCUUAUAACUGGAAUGCCCUUAAUCAAAGAAAUCUUCAUUCAUUCAGAACAAAGCUUUAUAAACCGCCCCAUCACUGCAACCAGAGAACGAGUCUUUGGUAAAAAUGGACUGGUCAUGUCCAAUGGCCAGAUUUGGAAGGAACAGAGGAGGUUCACCCUGACAACAUUCAGGAAUUUUGGUCUGGGAAAGAAGAGCUUGGAGCAACGCAUUCAGGAGGAGGCCCAGCACCUGGUUGAGGACAUAGAAAAUGAGAAAGGACAGCCUUUUAACCCUCAGUUCAAAAUCAACAAUGCAGUUUCCAAUAUCAUUUGCUCUAUUGUAUUUGGGGAGCGUUUUGAGUACCAAGAUGGUCACUUUCAGAAAAUGCUGAAAUUACUGGAUGAGCUGGUGUAUUUGGAGGCCUCAAUAAUGGGCAUGCUCUAUAAUACGUUUCCAUCAGUAAUGAAAUUCAUUCCUGGACAACACCAAAAAAUCUUCAGCAACUGGGACAAGCUGAAAUCAUUUAUUUCUUAUGAGAUUGAAAAACACAAGAGAGAUCGGAAUCCUGAUGAUCCGAGAGACUUCAUUGAUGCUUAUCUCAAUGAAAUGGCAAAGCACCCAGACAAGAACGCUACAAGUUUCCAUGAGGAGAAUCUCAUCUGCAGUACACUGGAUCUUUUCCUUGCUGGAACUGAGACAACUUCCACAACACUGCGAUGGGGCCUGCUGUUCAUGGCCCUAAACCCAGAAAUCCAAGAAAAAGCACAGGCUGAGAUUGACAGAGUGAUUGGCCGGGAGAAGCAGCCGAACUUGGCAGACCGAGAGUCCCUGCCCUACACUUAUGCUGUCAUCCAUGAGGUGCAGAGAAUGGGGAACAUAAUCCCCUUUAAUGUGCCCAGGGAAGUGGCAUCCGAUACCACACUAUCUGGAUACCACCUGCCGAAGGGGACCAUGAUCCUCGCCAAUCUGACUGCACUGCACAAUGACCCCAAAGAGUGGGCCACUCCAGACACCUUCAAUCCAGAGCAUUUUCUGGAGAAUGGACAGUUUAAGAAGAAAGAAUGCUUUCUGCCUUUUGGAAUGGGAAAGCGAGUUUGCCUGGGAGAACAAUUAGCUCGGUCUGAGCUGUUUAUUUUCUUCACUUUCUUUCUGCAAAAUUUUACAUUCAAACCUCCAAAGAAUGAGAAACUGAGCCUCAAGGUCAGACCAGGCCUCACACUUUCCCCAGUCAGCCACCGCAUCUGUGCCAUCCCUAGAGCAUGAUACUGUGGAAGAAAGAUUGAAAGGAUACCAAGGAAAAAAAAAUGGUGUGUGCCCAAUCAGAUGUAAAGGGAGAAAAUGAAGCUGUGUCAGAAGAAAGAUAAGAGGAAUUAGGCCAAAGAAUAUAGAGUGUAAUUUUCCACACUGUUCUUGUCUCCCUAUUAGCUUUGUGCAAACCAUUUAUGUGUUCUGUGAUUUAUCGUUACAUUUCUGAGGUGACAGGAGAAUCAUGAUUCCUUGACUAAACAAAGUUUUUUGGUUUUUUUUUUUACAAGAAUCUGGGGAUAUAUUUGAUUUAAAGUGGCUUGUAAACCAUAAUCACAUCAUAAAAAUUAAGCCGCAAUAUGCCUUCUUUCUGCUUCCUUGCACAGACAUGUAUUUGCUCGUAGGCUGUUGAGACAGCUCAACAUGGUGAAAGGAAUUAAUGAGUUCGAUGUGACACAGUUUUGCCAAAAGGCCUCUCCUCUGUCUCAGAGCUGUGUACACUCCAUCUUGAUGCUGACAGGGAUGCCCACUGCAGCUUCCAAAGCUCCAAAAUAUAUUUAGGAAUCUGGAAGGCCAUAUGCAUGCAUGGAUUGUGUGCAUGCCAAGAAAAAGAUCUCAGAAUGCCCUUAUCUCUCACGUCUAGAUAACCUUGAAGGCUUAAGUAGGAAGUGAAGGAUAAGAUAGAGCAAUGAGCUUUCUGUUGCAGAUUAAAUGGUAUAAGCCAGCCCACACAGUGCAUUGUGGGAGAGGCUACAUGAUGGAAGAGUUCAGUCAAUGCAUGUGAGAAAAAUGAACCCAAAUCUGUGGAACAGUAUGCUAGCACAGCAGAGAAUCCAGUGAUUGCUUGU